UAGAUUCCGUCUGUGGUACUUCCUGCCUGUCUGGACAGAAAUCAUUCUACGUGAAGACAGGAAGCGGUAAAGAUGUGGGGCCAACCAUAUGUUACGAAGGGAAGAUCUACAUGAGUGAUAAAGAAAAGGAUGUGGGGGGAGGGCUCAACAUGCUGGUUAUUGAUGGUGAUACACACAAUGUUAGAGACAUGAAAACGUUUGACACAUACACUAGUGACCAAUCCUUUCGACAGUAUGCGCAGAUGGAAAUGAAAGAAAAAACAGUUGUUAUUAUAGCCAGUUUUGAUGAGAUAUCCUUUUCACUGAGAGAUGAAGCCAAGACGUGGCUGAAGGUGAUGGGGGCGAGUCAGAUCGACAAAGUUGCAUUCCGUGAUUCCUAUGUUCUGAUUGGUCAACGAGGCCUCAAACAGGGGCAUGCUGUAGAAUUUAUAAAUUCUAUGAAAGAAAAUGAAGAAUAUGCAGCGCCAUUAGAAAAGAAAGGAUGCUUCCCUAUUCCAGUGGGUCCCUUGGAAGACUCUUCCAAACUACUGGCCUCCCUGAAAGAUAUAAAGAUGGGGUCAGAGCUAAAGAACUGUGGGCUGGAAACUACGUGUGAGGGGACCCCCAUACAGGUGUUCACAGGUGACACGGACAGCGUCAUGCCACACGUCUGUGUGGGCGGCAAAAUGGUGAUGGAAAAAGAUGUGAACAAUGCAGGGAGAGGCUUCAAUGUUGUGGUUCUGGAUAUUGAAUCCAGGAUACCCAAGUUUGUGAACAGAUUUGACACCUAUGCAGCAGACAGCAUAGAUAUGGAGGAGUUCCUCAAGGGGUUACACGAGGGAGACAUUGUGAUAGCGGUCAUCAAUGAUGAUGCAUCCAAACAAUUGAAGCAAGGUGCCAUAAAAGAAAUGAAUUCAUUGGGCAGCAGUGCAAUACAGAACCUAGGGUUCAGAGAUAUUUGGUAUUUCAUUGGCCAGAAAGGAAUUAAGGGAUAUAGUGAGUUUGAGGAGAUCAGUUUUGCCUCCUAUGAUGGAGAGUGGCCAAAGCAAAUCAAGAAAUCACUCUGUCUUCCAAGAACUUUGAGGAGCCUGAAGGUAGCCCCGAAACUUGGAGGCAAACGUAACUUGGAGAAACGAGAGUUCUGCAAGCUAAACGACGGGUAUAGCGAGUUCUGUGACACUCAGAGAGUUGAUGACAAGCUGGAACCGGCUCCCCUCGAGGAUAAGGGGACAGAAAACGACGAAAUCUACAAAACGCCAAUUCUUAUCAUUCCAGGAUUAGAUCACAACGCCCUGGCGAGGACACUAGAGACAACUCUUAUUCAGCCGGGAAUUAAACCGGAGGUUGUUACCGUAGCUGUUGAUGAGCAGACGCCGGAUCAUGGGCAGCUGGCCACGUUAUUCAAAUUCCAGAAUAUAAGUCUGGCCAGUGUAGCUAGAUAUGAAGAUAAGAUGAACAGUGCCAUAGAGAAAUUCUUCUCUCAGACUAACAGUAAAUACGUGAUUGUGAUAGAGGAGGAGAUCGUACUGACCCCCGACUUCUUGCACUUCCUGUCUCAGUGUCUGCCCGCGCUAGAGGCGGACGACAGCUUGUUUGGUGUAUCUGCAUUUAAUUAUAAUGGGUUUGAAACAACAUCGGGUGACAAGACCCGAGUAAAUAGAAUGGAGGAUUUCCCCGGCCUAGCAUUCCUACUGAAACGUUCCGUGUACGAAUUGCAGAUGAAAUCCAAAAUGGACAAAUGUUGUCAGCAGAGGUCUUGGGAUUCGUGGACAUUGAAACAGUCUGGUGAGAUGCUCGUCCCUGACGUAUCCCGCGUGUUCAGACUGCCGUAUCAAUCGGCCAGUGACGACGACAGCUACCUAGAGAACCUGUUCUACCAGCCCAGAUUGACCAUUACGGAAUAUGGCGCAAAGAUAAAAAAUGUCAAUUCCCUCAAGUCUUCAUCGUAUGAAGAUGAACUGAAAAAGGAAAUAAAGGCAAGCAAACCGUUCCCCCUAAAAGAGCUUGAGAAAUGUUCAAGUAAAACAGAAACAGUGGAGCUGCCAUCUAAAGGCUCAACUUUCACCUUAUAUUUUUCGGAUAAAGACAAAGACAGAAAAGUGUUUCGUAAAUUAUGCAAGUGUUUUGAACUCUACUCAUCUGCAGGCAAACCUUUGAAAGGUCUUCACAAAGACUCACUGAGGUUUUACUACAAAGAAAAUACUAUUUUUCUAAUUGCAUCUACAUCUCCCUACUUUGAAAUAAAAAGUGAGGAUGUUGCAGUGUAUGAAUGACACCCACGCCAUCUUUGGUGUGGUUACAUAGGUCUUUCAGCUAAUUAACAACCAAGCAACUCAAAAUUGGCCACGUCUACGCACCACAGAGUUAUGGAGGGUAAUUGUGUAAAAAAAAAAAAACCACUUGUAAAUUCAAGUAUGCAAUCGUGUUGUUGUGGUUUUAAUUUUUUAACACAA